AUGGUCGCGCUCAUCUCCGCGCUCGACGGCAUAAGGGACUUCGACCUGAAAGACCAUCUCCCAGUCUAUCCACUCGAGCAGGUCGGACCGCUCUUCUGGCUCAGCUUUAUUGCGAGCUGGACGGUCUGCUACCUCGUCCAUCUGCCGAGCGAUACGCGGUUGUUCAGGCAGGCGCUAUGGCCUGUCUCGGUCGGUGCUUUCGUGUGGGCGGUGAUCACUGUUGACAUGCGCGGACGUGUUGCGUCUUUUAUGCUUAUCGGGCUGUUCCUCUUCAACGCCACUUCAGCUGCCGUCCGCUGGGGCAGAGUCACCUCACCGCCCAUCUACCGCCCUCUCAAGCGCAAGCCCUUCUUCCCCCUCCUCCGCGAAACGAACGCCUUCCGCGCCUUCAACCUCCUAUGCGACGAGCCGCGCCUCAUCUCCCUCUCUGCCGGAUCUCCAGGAUGUCCAUCUUCGAUGACCACGGCGAAACGCCCGGACCAUGGCGCGCUAUACGAGCUCGGUCGACACUUAUUGCGAGGCACCAGAACGUGGGUCCUCAUCGACGUUUCGUCCUACCCACUCUAUCAUCUCGACCCCUCCAACCUAGGAAACCCGCUCGUCGCGUACUCGGACUGGGACUUAGGCAUCCAGACCAUCUCCCAGUCCCUUGGGGUGCCCAGAUGGGUGACGAUACCCGCGGUAGUGAUGAGCUAUGCGACGACGACAUACCUCAUGAUGUCGUUCUCGUGCCGCUUAGCUUCGAUCUUGGGGAUUGCCAGUGGGAUGUGGUCGGCGGAGGAAUUUCCGGAGAUGAUGGAUCGGCCGUGGGUCUCGAGCAGUCUCAAUGAACUCUGGGGGAGACGAUAUCAUCAGAUACUGAAGCACGGCUUCCAGAACUACGCCCGCCCCUUCUCCUUCCUCCCCCGCUCGACCUACAUCCUCCGCAUCUUCGCCCUCUCAGCCAUCUACCACAUGCUCGUCUACCGCCCCUUCUUCCACACCUUCAUCGCCCGAGACAUGACCGCCAUGUUCAUGCUCUCCGGCCUUGGCCUUGAGAUGGAACGGCAGUACCUCCGCCGGACAGGCAAAAAGGUCGGCGGGUGGACAGGCAGAGUAUGGACGUGGAGCUGGUUCAUCCUCUGCGGUUACUUUAUGUGCAGGGGUCUGGCGGCGAUUGGAUUUGUGGGUGGAGCGAGAGAGAUGUUGGCGGUAGAUCGGACGGGCAGCGCUGUGGACCACAAUAUGAGUCCGUUCCGCUCCAUUCUCCACGCCAUCUGGACCUUCGACCUGAGCGACUACAUCCCCCUCACCGCCCCGGGAACGGCAGCGCCGUACCUCGGAGUCAGCCUGCUCGCGAGCUUGCAGGUGUGCUAUCUCGUCCACUUGCCUGGCGAUACGCGAACGUUACGGCGGGCGUUAUGGCCCGUAUCAGUGGGAACCUUCUUGUGGGGCAUCGUGACGGUCGAUACACGAGGACAGCUUUCCAUCUGGACAAUGGUCGGCAUGUUGCUCUUCAAUAGCACCUCUGCUGCCAUUCGCUGGGGCACUGCGACCGCUCCGCCAGCUUACAGAACUCUUGUCCGAAAGCCCUUCUUCUCCGGGAUACGCGAGACGACCGCAUUUCGGGCUAUCAACCUCAUCUGCGACGAAGCUCGCCUGACAUUCCUGGCCUCGACACCACCGCACCGGGAUGUCCAAGCCACACGCGGCGCGCUCUACACUAUCGGCUCGCACCUCCUAGACGCUAUCAAGAUGUACCUCUUCAUGGACAUCUGCUCUUACCCGCUGUAUCACUUCGACCGGUGUAACCUCGGAAACCCGUUCGCAACAUCGGGCGACUGGAAUCAAGGGAUCCAGACGAUCACCAAGGCGUCUGGUCUGCCGCAUUCCGUCGUCGUCCUAGCGAUCGUCCUCAGCUACGCGGCGGAAGGCUAUGUGGGCCUGUGGCUCGUCUGGCGAGUCCUGGCUGCUGCGGGUCUGGCCAGCGGUCUUUGGACACCCGAAGAGUGGCCGGAUCUCAUGGAUCGCCCGUACGUAUCGAGCAGCAUGAAUGAGUUCUGGGGGAGGCGGUAUCAUCAGCAUGGCUUCCAGAACUACGCCAGCGUCCUCUCCUUCCUCCCUCGCUGUACCUACAUCCUUCGUAUCUUCGCCAUGUCCGCAAUCUACCAUAUGCUCGUCUAUCAUCCCUUUUCCCAUACUUUUCUCGCCGGGCGAAUGAUCACCAUGUUCAUGCUCGCAGGACUAGGCCUCGAACUUGAGCGCCAGUUCUAUCAUCGUACCGGUCGGAGGGUUGGCGGACGGGCGGGCAGAAUCUGGACGUGGAGCUGGUUAUUGCUCUGCGGGUACUUUAUCACGAGGGGAGUUGCGGAGAGCGGGUUUCUCGGAGCGACGCGAAGGUCGUUUGAGGAGGAUAGGACGACGAGUGCAGUAGAGUGGGUGCUUUACGCGGCGGGGGUGAGACCGCAUCCUUCUUCGCCGCUUCCGCGAGCAGAAUGA